AUGAGUCGUGACUGAUACUCUUACACUAAUACGACCAUGGACAACGAUGAUACGCUUGCUACCCUCCUCAACAGCCACCCAAUCUUUUCUACGCCAUCCAAGGCUUUUCUUCCUUCUCAUGAUUCAUCUCUCGAACUUUCUACGAAUACUCUUUCUUCUUUCAAGCCGGCAAACGUCUCAGACAAUAGCGCAACCGGUCGACGACAAGUUAUGGUACUCAGAGAUACGGACCUCAUUCUGGCUGCUGGGAAAGAACUAAGAAUAACCUCGCUAUCCGAUGCAAAAGCUCGGCGAAGUCAUACGAAGAAUUAUAAGACACUUCAUACUCCCAACAUCCAAUUCAAAAUUGACCAGAUAGCUUUGAACUCGAGCGGAAAACUUCUGGCAGUCGCUGGCGCUUUCCAAUUAGCUGUGGUUGUUCUGCCGCGUGCAGGUUAUUCCCGACUAGUACCCGAUAUAAUUGAUUGCAAGUCUAUUCAGAUAGGUCAAUUUUAUCACGGGUCAGAUUCUGCUGUACCCAUCGCCAAGAUUGAGUGGCAUCCUUGGGGAGAGGCUGGUUCGACAUUGAUGGUAAUGACUAUAGACGGAAAGCUCAGGGAAUACGAUAUAUCAGUGGAUACCGAGGAACCUCAGCAAGUUUUGACCUUCGCCCCCGAGAAGAAAGCUGGAAGGUCAUUCGUCGCAGAGGACGCUUCGGAACGCGAAGUCGUGUCUUUCACCCUCGGAAAAGGAAAAGCGGACUGGGGUCCACUUACCGUUUACGCUGUUAUGAGAUCAGGAGACGUUUACUCUAUAUGCCCUUAUAUGCCUCGAAAUUCAUCUAUUCCCUCCGCCUAUAUCCACUCGCUCGAAUGCUUCAUCUCCGCAAAACAGGAAUUUCUUGCACAAGAGACGACUACACAGGCCAAUAGAAAUAUGUCUAUGCUCUAUGAUUACCAACACAAGUACGUCGAUGCUUUGUUAAAGCAGCUACCUCCUGGAACAGUUUUCCCUGCCCCAUCACGCUCAGUUCUUAUACACCCUCCUACCAUUAUCAAAGCACCUCCUGCACGUCAAGGUCCUUUCCUGUUACAGCCCUCUCCUAGGAUGCUUGAUGAAAGUGAGGGUGGUGAUGCCACGGAUAUUGUAUAUCUCUCCUAUAGCCAGACUGAAGAGACCGUCGGUGAUGCUGAGGAUGGAGUAGCGGAAAAUCUCGAUGUCAUUCUUAUUACCUACCAAGAUGGGAAAAUUGAUGUCUGUUUGGAUGUGGAGAAGGUAGAAGCAAGAUGGCAAAGCAAGAAUGCAAACCACGAUCUCCCUAUGCUCGCCGUGUACGAAUGCAUUGAUCUAGGUCUAGUAUCGCUGUUGAGCUCCCCCUCCUCGGCACAAGGCUCUCAUUCAGCCCUAGAUUUGAUACAAGGGAAUUAUCCAGUAUUUUCAGUCGAUCCAAUACACAGCGACACGAUUUACGUAUAUCAUGCAUUUGGUGUCCACGCACUAUAUCUGCGACCGACACUGGAAAUAUUGUUUUCCGCAUUGCAUUCUUCCGACGCCGUCUCGGAGUUCUCGGAACUCUCAUCUGUGACCGCUGUCCAGUCAAUUCUAUCGACAUUUUCUGUCGAAAGAAAGUCCUCAAAUCCGGUAAUCGCUCUGGCCAUACCGGACGACGUGUAUCUAUCCUACAGUAUCUAUAUUCUAACAUCGGCAAUGCGCAUUACUUCAUUUUCCUUGAAUCCCCGUCCUGAAUCCCCACUUCCGAAAUCUCCUGCCGAUAACAACUUAGUACAAUCGACGAGCCGCCAUCUGGAACUCCUCGGAGACACGCCUCCGUACACAUCCCUGCUUGGCACAGAGCCUUGGAUGCCGCCAUCGAUCCUAUCACGAAACACAGGGCUUCCAUUCAAUCCUCGCCUCUCUUUGCCAAAAGAUGCGUCACAGCGAGAAUUUAUGCUCACGCCAGAUACACUGCGGUAUCUCGCGACAGUUGUGACCCGAUAUAGUGAUCAAGUGCGGGAAGUGGAAUUGGCACAACACAGCGCAGAAGGUCGUGCUGCACUACAAAUCCAAGAAGUCAUAAGACAAACCACUAAAUGCCGUGAACUUCUUGCCAUCGUGGAAAGAAUAAAAGAAUCCCGAAGAGAGGCUAGUCAAGAUAGGAUACAAAAAGUGCAGCAAGGACAAAAGAUUCUACUCAAGAGAUUGGAUCGAAUGUUGCAAGUCAUGAUGGAGAAAGCGUCUCCAGAACUCAGCGAGCAUGAGACCAAAUGGUUUGACGAGCUCAAGCGCUUGAAGGAAGCUGUGAUAGGUGCCGAUAGAUAUGAUGAAAGUUCAUUGUCUACAAGGAUUCGAACACUGGAACGUGAAUAUGCCAGGUUGAUGCCAAGUCUCAAAGCUCUGUUGGAAAAAGAACGUCGACGACACAACCAAGCUAUGACUGAAAACCCCGGUCUUGGCUUUUCACAAGCAUUCGAAUUCGGGGAACGGUCAAAUCAUGAGCGCGCUCGACUAACAGAACUGGAACAAGACGUAAUCCAACUCGCAGCAAAGCUAGAUGUCACCCUAGGAAAACCACCAUUAGCCAAGUAAUUGCUUGACGAAAUUUGUAGAUGUUGAUAAUUGUUAUAAUCAGUUCGUUGAUCGUAGCUUCCUUGAGCCGGGCGUGACGC